AUGCUUGUAAUUAUUGAUGAACCAUUUUCACAUCUUAAAGCUCAAGCUCCAACAGCUGAAGCUUAUGAUGCUCUCUCCAAACAGAUUAACAUGAGCUUUCAAAGAGUGUUAGAAUGGUUGAAUGAACUCCAAGGUGAUGCCAGACUUGCAUCGGAUGUAGGGCAUUCCAAUGCAAUAGGGGGAGAAGGAGUUAGUAAAAGAGAAAUACCGAUUCAAUGGAAACAUGUCUCGGAGUUUGUGCUUGAAGAUGAAUUGUUUGAUGAAGAAAUACUCGAGGUUGAGAAUCUUGAACCUCUUGAGUUGGGUGAUGAAGAAGAUGAAGACCUGGUUGAAAACGCAAUUUUAGGACUUUAA